AUGGAUUUACAUGACAAAAACAUCAGAAAAAGGAAAAGAAACCCCAUGAUUGUUAUAUCGUCAGGAAAUGAAGACAGUGUAAACUUUACAGAAAAAAAUAAAAAAAAGAAAUUAAUUAUCAAUGAUGUUGAUAAUAAUAAUUUAGCAGAUGAAAAAAAUGAAACCUUUUUAAAAAAAGAAUAUGAUACGAGAAAUAGAUGUGCUCUAAAAACAAAGACUUUAUAUAGAGGAAAAGAUAAAUUAAAAAAAAUGAUUAAGCCUGAUUUCAAUGAAUAUAACAAUAAAUUACAAGAAGAAGAUAAAGAACAAGUAGGAAAAUCAUUUUUACAAAAUGUGGAAACAAAAUUAGCAGGUCAAAAAGAAUUAAUCAAAAUUAAUGACAUGUGUAAUAACAAUAUUUUACUCAGAAAAAAUAAAAUUGAAAAAUUACAAAAUGGAGAAUUAAUGAAAUCGGAAAAUAAGGACAACAACAUGAUAAAUGAAAGAAAAAAGAAAAAUAUUUUUUUUUCAGAUCAUAAUUCAAAUAGUAGUAUCUAUGAAAACAUUGAAGAAAUACCUGUAAUCCACACAACAAUGGAAGAAUUAUCAAACCCAAUUUUAUUUUUUGAAAAAUAUAAUUCUAUUGGACUAAAAUAUGGAGCAAUGAAAGUAAAACCACCCAAUUUUUUCGAACCGCAAUUUAAUUCACAUUACAUAAAUAUGAAAUUUAAUAUAAGGAAACAAAAAAUUAACGAGCUUAAGCAUGGAAAAGAAUUUGAUCAUCCAGAGGAAUAUUGGUCCUUAUAUGAAAUGUACAAAUAUAACAAAAUGCUAGAAAAUACAUAUCUACCAAAAGAAAAAAUGAGCCUAGAAAAUAUUGAAAAGAAAUACUGGGAAUUAAUUAGUAACGAUAAGGAACAAGUCAUCUCCAUAUAUGGCGCUGAUUUACCUGUACCCAAAAAUCAUCCAACAUGCCUAUUUCAUGACAGCUUAAAACGGUUAAGAGAUUCCGGAAGUGAUGACUGUAGCACUGACAUUAGUACUACGAAGUGUAGCAAAUGUGAAACUAAUGAAUCAUCGUGUGAAUCAAAGAAUUGCCAUCCAAAAAAUAGAGAAAGGAUUAAUGUAUUAUUAUCUAAGCAGGAAAUAUGUGAAGAUCCUGAAAGCAUAAACACAUCGUCAUCUGAAGAUAAGUUGAAUUAUGAUAAAAGUGUUGCGCUUCCGUCAGAGAAUCGCAAUGGUGAUAUUAAUAGUGUCAAUUACAAUGAAUGCAAUUACAAUGAAUGCAAUAACAAGGAAUGCAAUAACAAGGAAUGCAAUAACAAGGAAUGCAAUAACAAGGAAUGCAAUAACAAGGAACGCAAUAACAAAGAACGCAAUAACAAGGAACGCAAUAACAAGGAACGCAAUAACAAGGAACGCAAUAACAAGGAACACAAUAGCAAGGAACGCAAUAACAAGGAACGCAAUAAUAAUGAGAAAUCAUUGAUUGAAGAAGAGCACUGCAUUAUAGAUAUUAUUAACAUUUCUGAUCCUGAAAAUGUCACUAGAGGAGAAAAUGGUGUCGAUAACAGGGGUCAUGCCGUAAAUAGGAGCGCCAAGGAUAUUUGUUACGAGUGUGAUAGGAAAAAGGAUCACAUUGAUCAUCCAAGGAAUAUCAUCAAUGAAAUAGAAUGUAAUGGAGUAAUCAUCUCUAGGAGUGCAGGAGGUGUUUGCGAAAUGGCUAAUAAUAGAAAUGAUAGAAGCAAAAGCACCUUAAUAGAAGAGAUGAAAAAUUGCAAUAACAACCAUGAAAAUCAUGUGGGAGACUUAAAAAAAUGUGAGGUAUUUUUAAAACAAAGAGAAAAAUAUUACUCAGAAAUAAAUAAUGUAAUUAAGAACAUAAAUGAAAAUUUGAAUAUAAAAUAUCUUCCAUUUAUUAAGGGAUCUAUGCUACGAAAUGUCGAUAUACCUAUCGAGGGGGUUAAUAUUCCAUGGUUAUAUGUCGGAACCCUCUUUUCCUCAUUUUGUUGGCACACAGAAGAUAAUUAUUUUGCUUCUAUAAAUUAUCAACAUUGGGGGAAACCGAAAAUAUGGUAUGUUAUACCACCUCUAUAUAGUGACAAGGUGGAAGAUGUCAUUUAUGAAUAUAUAAAAGAAAAUAAUAAUCAAGAUGAUAUGGUGGAGAAAACAAAUGGUAAGCUGAAAAAAAAUGAGCAGAAAAGUUUAAUAAAUAAUGCGGAUCCAAAAAAAAAACUCAAAGAGUGCUUCACACCAUGCAUCGAAAAUGCCAAAAGGCUAAAAAAUAUGCGCAUUCCAAAAAAUAACCCCCAGAUGACACCGAUGAAUGGUACUACUAAUAUUACAAGCUUUAUCAAUAAUGUAGUGCCUAGUACUAGCACUACUACUACUACUGUGGCUAAUUAUAGCCGUAGUAAUAGCAGCAGUUAUAUUGGUAUUAACACUAGCAGUGCUAACAGAGUAGUAGAUACCUUAAGCGUUUUAGAUGUGGAUAUAAACAAUGUAGAUUUGUUAUAUAGAAAAUCCCACUUAAACUACAAAAUUGUGGAUAAAAAACAAAUUAAUUUUAAGAAAGAAAAUAAUAAAAAUAAAAUAUAUAAAUUAACUAUACAAGUACCAAUUGAAGUAUUCCUAAAAAACAAUAUUCCGGUGUACAAAAAUAUUCAAAGAAAAAAUGAAUUUAUUUUUCUAUGGCCAAAAACUUUUCAUGGAGGUUUUAAUUCAGGCUAUAACUGCAAUGAAGCUUGUAAUAUUGCCCCUACAUUUUGGCUUUUUUAUGGCUUACAAUCAUAUUAUAAUUACAAAUAUUUUAGAAAUACCUGUAUAUCGAUUCAUUUUAUUUUAUUUUCAAAUUUAUUGCAUUAUCAAGAAUAUACCUUUAGCCAAUUAAAGCACAUAAUAUAUUCCCUUCGUUAUGUACUAGCUGAUGAAUAUAAAUUUUUUAAAGAAAGUAAAACCCUAUUCAUAGAUUUUACGCUAAAUCGUGAUGCCCUUUUAAACAAUAAUCUCAUGAAUUAUUCCAACCAUUUAUCACUGGAUUUGAACAAGAUGUAUUCGAAUUUUGAAUGCCAGAAAAAUAAACACUUACUUUUUCAAAAUAUUAAAAGUAAAUUGGAAUUUUUUUAUAAGGAUUGCGAUGCCUGCAAUUCCCCUACUUUCAACAGUUCAAUUAUAUGCCCCCACUCAAAUGAUAUUUUAUGCAUUCACUGCUCGGAAGAACAUAGUUGCAACUGCAAAUUCAAAGUUACAUUAAAGAGAUAUACUCUCUUAGAAAUGAUGAAGAUUUUGACCCUACUAACUCAAUAUGCCAAUAAAAUUAAAUCUAGUGAUGAGAAAGAAGUACGAUUUGAUGACAUACCUGAUUACAACUCUUUGAAAAUUUUUGAAGACAAAAAUUCAGUUAAAUUAUAUAAUUUAAUUCGAGAAACCAAAAAAUCAGAAAAUGAAAAAAGAUCCAAGUCAACAAAUUACAUGGACCUGGAAAAUUACUGCUUCGAAAAAGUAAACAACAUCGUUAAGGAAAAGAACAAGAAGGAAAAAUUAAAGAAUGAAAAAGGCAUUGUUUUAGAAGAUUAUUAUAUAAGUUCAAAUAAUUUUAAGACAAAAUUAACCCUCAAGUACUUUCUUCUAACGUAUGAAGAGGAAAUGGAAGAUAAUCCUUUGAAAAUAUUGCCAAAACUGAUAACUUAA